UUCUGCUCUCUCGGACUUUUGGGCCUCAAGAGCUCUAGAGAUACCCCUCUUACCAAGGCGAACUAGGCAGACACCACAUUUUCUGAGAAGGAACCCAUCCGGAGAGCGCGCAGGAUGUACUCCUCCUUCCGCCGUCGCGUCUCAUCCGCGUUCUCCUUCUCUCCACGCAAGGCGUCGACCUACGGCGCGGCGGCUGCAUCUGCUGCUGCUGCGCGUAACUCCCCUCUCGCGGCACGCCCGAUACACAGGCAAUUUGCAACCUUCCUGACGAACACACACCUCCGGACGCGUUCACGAUAUGGAGUGUCUCCCGCGAACGUUCGGCAUAUGCACAUCCGUGCUCUGUCGUAUACGGCGAUUCCGCGCUUCAUCUUGCGUGCGUUCCGGGUUCCGAUCGCGACGGCGACUGUGGGUGCUGGAGGGUUCACGUAUGCGAACUACAAGUUUGAGGAAUUUAGGAAGAAAUCCACCGACUUCAUGUCCACGGUACAAGACACAGUAACAGACGCGUUCGGUACUGCGUCCGGUGUUGUCAAGGACGUGUCUUCCCGAAUAUCUGACGUCAAACUACCCACCUUCGAGACUCCCGACUUCCUGAAGGACCUAUUCGCUUCUUCCGAGGGUGGAGGCCCCGGACACGAUGGUGAAGACCCUGGUCCUUCGUCAAGGAAACGAAAGCCAACCGGAGACGAUGCCGCGGCUCUUGCGGCUAUGUUGGCGGCGACCACGCUCUCUGCGUCGGAUUCCAAAGCGGGAGAGGACGACGGGACGGACGGACGGCAGAACGGCUUGAUGCAUUUGACCAGGAAACUCAUUGAGAUCCGGACCAUGCUCAUCAGCAUCGACCAGAGCGACGCUCUGAAGCUUCCAAGCAUCGUCGUCAUUGGCAGUCAGAGCUCCGGCAAGAGCUCCGUCCUGGAGGCUAUCGUCGGACACGAAUUCCUUCCAAAGGGAAACAACAUGGUCACUCGCAGGCCCAUUGAGCUCACGCUUAUCCACACUCCUGCGGAAAACGGCAAAGAAACUCCGGAGUAUGGCGAGUUCCCCGCGUUGGGACUCGGGAAAAUCACCGAUUUUACCGUAAUCCAGCGCACACUCACCGACCUCAACCUGGCUGUUCCUGCAUCUGAGGCUGUCUCCAACGAGCCCAUCGACCUUCGCAUAUACAGUCCCCACGUGCCCGACUUGACCCUCAUCGAUUUGCCUGGGUACAUCCAGAUCGCUUCCAUGGACCAGCCAGAGACCCUCAAGGAGAAGAUCGCUGGCCUUUGUGAGCGGUAUAUCCGCGAGCCCAAUAUCAUUCUGGCCGUCUGUGCUGCGGAUGUCGAUCUUGCGAACUCGCCCGCUCUGCGCGCGAGCAGGAAGGUCGACCCGCUCGGGCUGCGGACGAUUGGGGUUAUCACCAAGAUGGACCUAGUCCCUCCCGAGCAGGGCGCAACGAUCCUCGCUGGGAACCGCUACCCGCUGCACCUCGGUUACAUUGGCGUCAUUUGCAAGUCCCACGGCAAGACCGUCAACAAGGACAGACUGAGCACCGUCGCACGGCAGAACGAGCAUGAAUACUUCGGCGCCCACCGCGAGCUCUUCGGCAAGCAGUCCAAGGUCAUGGCCGGCACGGACACGCUCCGGCGGCGGCUCAUGGAGGUGCUCGAGUCGUCGAUGGCGUCCUCGCUACACGGGAUCACGAACGCGGUCCAGCUCGAGCUCGAGGAGGCGCAGUACCAGUUCAAGGUGCAGUACAACGACCGGCGCAUCUCGGCCGAGUCGUACGUCGCGGAAACGAUGGACACCCUCAAGGCGCGCUUCAAGGAGUACACGGCCGAGUUCCGCAAGCCCGCCGUGCGCGCGAAGCUCAAGGCGAUGCUCGAGGAGCGCGUCAUGGACGUGCUCGAGCAGCUGUACUGGACGGACAAGCGCGCCCCGGAGCUGACCGCGCUCGGCGCGGACGCGCGCGUGAAGCCCGAGGACGUCGAGCCGUACUGGCGGUACAAGCUCGACGCCGCGUCGUCGCUGCUCACGAAGAGCGGCGUCGGGCGCGACUCGACGCUGCUCGUCGCGGACGGGCUGCGCGCGCUGAUCGACUCGAUCGCGCAGGGCGACCCGUACAGCUUCCACCCGCGCGCGGCGGAGCGGCUCAUCGAGUUCUCGCACGUGCUGCUGCGCGAGCGCAUCGGGGUCACGUCGGACCAGGUCGAGAACUGCAUCAAGCCGUACAAGUUCGAGGUCGAGGUCGAGCCGCGCGAGUGGGAGGCGGGCCGCGUCGAGGCUGUGGGCCUGUUCGAGCGCGAGAUGAAGCUGUGCGAGGAGAAGCUGAAGGACAUCAAGAGCAGGGUUGGCGGGAGCAGGCGGCUGAACAACCUCGUGGGCUACGUGAAGGAGCUCGAGAUGAAGGAGCGGGAGAGGAAGCAGAGGCGGCUGACUGCCGCCAACGAGGAAGAGGCCGCAGCGGUGGAUGCGAGCAUCGAGGAGUACCGAUAUCCCCCAGGACAGAUACUCGAUGCCCGCCAUGCGAUGUUGUACAACGACCGCAUAGGCAUCCUCAAGCUCAGGCUCGUCGCGCUCAAGUCGAAGCGGUGCAAGGCCGGUCCCGAGAGCGACGUGCUCUGCCCGGAAGCUUUCCUCAACGUAGUCGCAGACAAGCUCGCAUACACCUCCGCCAUGUUCAUCAAUAUCGAGCUUUUGGACCACUUCUUCUACCAGUUCCCCCGCGAGAUCGACUCCCGACUGCUGUACGACUUGGACCGGAAGGAGAUCGUCGAGUUUGCCCGAGAGAACCCUAUUAUACGGAAGCAUCUCGACCUCCAGGAACGGAAAGACAAGCUCGAGGAGGUGAUGAAGCAGCUGAACAGCUUGGCCACUCUGCGACCGGAUGUGCAGCCCACCCCACGACGGCAGCGUGGGCUCUUCGGUAGCAUGUUUUAGAUGAUGCGGGGUUCGUUCGUUAUUGGAUGUGGAUUUCGAUGCGUUAUUGUGAGUAUAGUGGCUUGUUGGUACUACUUGGUACACUGCCUUGGUUACGCUUAAU